AUGCAAGUGCGACCAGGUCCAGGAAUGAACGGCAUCAUGGGUGCAGGAGGGGGUCUGCACCCUUCUUCACCGCAGCCGCAGCCGGGAAUGCUCGCGAGACCGCCUUCGACUCGGCCACCCCCAGCUCCUCCCUCGUCGAGCAACGGCGCCUUUUCGAUCCCACCCUCUCACCCACAACACCCUCAACAUCCUCAACACCACCAAUGGGUCCUGCACCAGCACCAGCAGAUGCAACACCAACAUGACCAGCAGCAGAUGCAAUUGCAACAGCAACAACAGCAGCUCCACCGGCAGCAACAGAUGCAGAUGCAGCAACAGCAGCAGCAGCAACAGCAACAGCAACAACAGAACGGACCCGGUCCGCCUUCGAUGGAGCUCCUGAGACAGCAACAACAGUCCCAGCUCGGGUACGGCAUGCCACCUCCAUUGCCUUCAUCUUCGCACCCUCAGCUCGUCGCGUCGACUUCGGCGCAGGCCACAACCAACGCGAUGCAACGGCAACAGCAGCAACAACAACAGUCACAUCAAGUCCCGCCGGGAAUGCUCCUCAUGAACAACGGUGAGAUGAGACCGAUCGAGAUGCGCAUCAACGCGAGCGGGUUGUCCGACUCGAUGUCGAACGGCAACAGCAUACACUCGCCCCGCGGUGGCCGCCCAGGCUCGGCGAUACCAACAGCAGGGCCGAGGCAGAUGGGGGGUGUUCCGUCCUCGCCAUCACCGUUCGGGACACCGCCCGUUCAAGCUCCAACACCAAUCCACUUUCGACAACCUUCGGGCUUGCAGCAACAGCAAGCACCAGGACUCGCCAACUCGCAUGUGGGACCGCACCCGACCCCGCCUUCUCGACCUAUGUCGAUCGCUCCUCCUGGCCCCAGGCCAUCGCUUGCCAUGGUCGGGCCGGGAUCAGUUUCCGGUGCGGGUGUAGGGCCUCAGUUGCUGUACCGACCAGGCGGUCCGGGCGGUCCACCGCAGCUUCAAACGCCGAUGCGGCGAGAUCUGAUGCUGGGCGCUCAGCUGGCAGCCAUGGCGUAAGUGCUCGAAUCGCAAGCGUUCGACUCUCUACCGAUGCUCAUACCGUUUCCCAUCCUGCAGAGCCGGCCCCAUUACAGCGACACCAACAUCAGUCGGGCCUGGUCUGUCGAGGUUAACCGCUUUUAACGAAAGUCUCGCUUUAGCACUGGAAGAUGCAAGUCACAUAUAUUCACGGUCUAGGACAUGGGCUAGCUCGAUCGAUAAUCUGACAUAUCCUCCCGACUCGUAUUGCUUUUGCACAGACCGACAUACUCGAUUCUCUACGGGCACUGGUCGCGGACUACUUCACCGACUCGGGUCUGAUCAAAUUCGGGCUGUUCGAUCGUACAGCGCAGCUGCACAAGAUCUUUGGUACGUGCAUGAUUUACAUUCAUCGCACGAGUGCCUAACUCCUUGUUCCUUCAUAAAUAGAAAUCCCAUGUUCCGCCUUCCCCCGCUUCCAACACCUUAAUACCCUGUGCGGCGUCCUCCUCACAUCAGUCCAGCCAUCGUUCGUGCGAGAAUUCUUCCUCUCCGCACCCCACCCCGUCACAGGACAACCGAUCCAUGUCGGCUAUCUGCUCCGCGCCGACGAAGCCGUCUGGUCAUCCCGGUUUUCAAACGGGACCAAAGUCGAACUGAAUGGGACGCUCACCGCACAUCUCGUCGUAGUCCCACUCACCGCAACGGGUCCUUGGGGAAGCGCGACUGGCAGCUCGAUCAGUGGUAGUGCGCGGGGUGGUGCCGGUGCCGGAUCGUUGAGGUUCGAAUCGAUGGAAUUCGAGUCGCGCGGUCAUGAAGAAUGGGUCGUCAAGGAUGCGGUCGUCGACGAGUUGAUCGAGACUUUUUACGAUGUCGAUGGCGAAGGUGGUGGAAUCUCGCAAUAUCUCAAGGAGGAGGAGGCACGGACGACGGCGCAGUCGAGAAGGUCGAGUGGGUCGAUGACGACACGACGGAAGUCGACCAAUAAGGAUGAGGCAGCGAAUGGCAAAAACGCGUCGAUGGGUGGACCUCAGUCAACAAAAGGUCAUGUCCUGAAACCUUCGACGAUCGAUUGGAACGAGGAAAAGCGUCCGCCAGGUCUGCAGACCAAGUCGAGGAAGACGAGCCAUUCACCGAGUGCAGGGGUGGGUUCGUUCGGUAUCACCGAGAUGGGGAUGCGGUGCCUCGAAAUCGCCGAGAGCGUCGCGAGUUUACAGGACGUAGUCACGCAUUCGUUGAGGAAUGGGGUCGGGCCUUUGCAGAGUUUGGCGACGUUGGCGAACGAACACCGGAGGAGAACGUCGAUGAAUGUCCCGCCUGGUGGGGGAGGACUGAAUGGAACGGGUCCUGGGGGAGUGUCGGGGUUCCCGCCGCAGGCGGGUUCGCUCCCGCCCCCUGGGUCGAUCGCGCAGACGUUCCAGAACCCUCUGCACAACUCGGUCUACAUGACCGCGCCUAUCAAACCUUCCGCGGCCUCGACCAACUCUCCCGUUUCCGCCACACCGACAUCGAUGGCCCCGACACCCGCAGCCACCGUGUCAACAGCUCCCCCGUCCACCACCUCAGGAACAGCCGCCUCGGCAACCAACUCCAAUGUCGUCGUCGCCAACGGCACCUCCCCAGCAGCGAGUAAUCUCGCAAACGUUGUCGGCGGCGUCAACAAGCGAAAAGCCUCCGGUGUCAGUGCGACCAACUCUAAAGCCUUAGCCGCCGUCGCCGAGACGUCCUCGAAUGGCAAUUCGUCUGACGAGUCACCGGCACCAAGUACGGCCGCGAAACCGACGGGUGGGAAGACGCGGGGUUCGAGAGCAGCGAGGAAUAAGUAA